CUUGUGGUCGUUUGGUCGGCUUUUGAUUUGAAUCGCCCCGCCAGGCAACGCUUAAUAUAGGUAUUGUUGUGCCACGUGACUCAACGUAAUUGUCGUCUGCUGUGGGAGCAUGUUGACAAGUGAACAUGUCCGAAUGUAAACAUUGACAUCGUAUACCUGCAAGGAAUCAAGAAAGUGAAAAAUGUCCUCGGAGGAGGAGGAGAGCGAUGAGCUCAUGGAUUUGGAGAAGAUUCGUGAUCAAAUAAUGAGCCAGCCACUAGGUGAUUACGAUCGCAUGCAGGUUAGCGCUUGGGAGGACGACGACAAGGACAUCGAAGAAACUAGGAACGCAAAAGAUCCGCUGCAAAGGGCAAUGCUGACUGCCGCGGAAAAUGGAGACUUGGACAAAGUAAAGUCAUAUUACGCUUUGGAUCCUUCUCUCGUCAAAUGCGCCGAUAGCGAUGGUUACACCCCGCUUCAUAGGGCAUGUUACGGCAACCACACCAAGAUAAUCGAGUUUUUACUGCAAGCUGGUGCAGAUAUCAGUGCCAAGACGCAAGACGACUGGCAACCACUGCAUUCGGCGUGCUGUUGGAACAAUGUUGAAUGCGCUGCUAUCUUAAUUGCACAAGGUGCUAAUGUCAAUGCCAAAAGUAAGGGAGAUCAGACACCCUUGCAUUUGGUUUCAGCCAGCUCCCACAACUCGCCUUGCUUGCAGCUUCUUCUCUUACACCCGGACACUGAUCCGCACAUCAAAAAUUCCAGCGGGGAUACCGCUUUUGACAUUGCAAAAAGAACAGGAAAACAUUAUCCCUUGUUUGAAAUAAUUGAACCGUGUUUGAAUGAAAUCUAGAGAC